AUGGAGGUUCCGGCAGAGACACCCGAUUCCACAAUGGAAGACCAGCACAUAGUCAAAGCAGAUGAGAUCGACCAAACUGGGACGGACAUCUCCCCUGUUUCAGACGACCAACUGAUGGAGGAGGUCGCGGAGGGGCUUCGCCAGGAACAAGCCCAGACCGCAGCCGCCCCUGAGAUAGCCGAAACCCCCAUGAAGCGUCCAGAGCUGCGACGUGAGAGCUCUGCGCCUCCACCACCAAUGCAACCGCCGCCUCCAGCGCCUGUGGAGAGUGGUCGGUCGUCAGACUCGCUCAGCUUAGCUCAGCUGCGGAAGCUGGUAGGCGAGCUGCCCAAGACCGAGCAGCCGGCAUAUGCCUUUGAAUAUGCUGAUGCGCAGCCAUUCCCCGAUGAGCUGGAGGAGUGGUUCCAGUACAAUGACUUUGAUCGCGUUAUGCUGAUGGGCACAAAAUCCACUUUUAAUCAGCAAUGGCUCACUUUCUGUGCUCAACGACUACCAGGUACCCCCGAAGUAUCUUGGAUCGAUGUGUCUGAAGAUGUGCGUCGCGAGUUUGUCGCCAAGCUCCUCGCUGACUUGCAGCUCACAGAGCCUGCGCUGAGACUUGAGGCUCUCGAGUGCAUUUGUUACAUUGUCACCGGUGUAUGGGGUCUCACUGGUGGCAGGGUGGCAGCUGAUUAUCAGUCGGAUGGAGGGGAACCAUCGGUUGAGACACCUCCUUUGCAAUCAAUGCAAAUUCAAUAUAUUGAGAAGAGCAUCUCACUCAUGCAGGAAUGCUCAGGCCUUGCAACCCUGAUUGAGUACAUGUGCCAACUUUUCGACAAGACUCGUUCGGCAUUGGGAUCCGAAUCUAACGGCGCUGAAUACGAAAGACUUAGCCCUGGAGAUAUUGCGGCACCAGAAAGGGAAGCGAACUUGGUUCUCACGAUUCUCUAUUUCGCCGUUGAAGUUGGUCGCAGACAGGAGGCACAGAACCCUCAGCACACCCCGGUUCGCGAUACACUAACUGGUUCAAAACCCUGCCUAUUGGUCGCCAUCGUUGAGAUUAUCGCACGGCUCCGAUGGGACGAGUCAGCUAAUAUCCCCCUUACGCGGAUCUUACUUUUGCUUUGGAAAUCUUUACUCUUGGUCUUCGGCGGGACCAACAACUUGAAGCGCGCGAAGGAGGUCCUUGAACCGGCUCUUUCAGCCGAGAAAGAUGAUUCCAAUCGCCGGACCCCAUUCCUGCACGCCUCACCCCUGGACUACCACCUCUUCCGCCAGGAAAUCACAUCCAAAUACCCAGCCUACAACCCCCCGCCCCUAAUUGUUCCCCUUGAACUAGAGAACAACUCUAUCCUCCCUCCGCUCCCGCACAACGCAGUCAAAAUGAACUCGUCCAGCGGCAUCUUCUGCGGCGCUGGCCCAUCCGUUUCUGGUGGAAAUGGCUCCAUCCUCCAACAAGCCGUACAUAUCGCAACCCCCGCACCAUCACCCCCACCCUCCCCCGUUGGCCCAGGAGGCAAGGUCGGAAAGAAGCAAAAUUACCAAACCAACCAAAACUUCCCAUUCAUGUAUCCACCCUUGGAUGACUCCAGCAACCGCAUUGGAGGGAAAGGCACCACCGAACGCCAGGACACAUUGGUUGGCAAGCGCUGGGAGGGUGGUGAUGUACCAGCUUCAAUUGUUGAGGCUGGCAGGCUCUUCUCCACUCAUGUCAAGAUGACACGCGCUAUGAAACAGCUUUGGCAGGAGCGAGAACAUUUCAUGAGAUACGACCGUGGAUGGAACUCGGAGGAAGCUGCACACUUCCCCGAUAAUGUUUCCGAUGAUUUGCCUGACGAUUUCGAGCACUUGGACUUGUCGGGUGAUGAGGAGAAGCCCGAGCCGAAGCCGAAGCCUGUAGAGAAGGAGACUGAUGACCCUGACGUCCAGCGCCGAUUAGAUGCAGUCGAUUCUUUCUAUACAAAAACUUUAUCGCAUCUUCAGUCGAUCACAAUUGUGUUCUUGAAGAUCAUUUUGACGAACGUCAGCUCUGUGGUGAGCCAGUCCGGCAGCCAGAACAGCCAGUGCAUGAGCAAUGGGAUGAAUAGUUCAUAUCUUUUGUCCGACGAAUGCAUUGAUGAGUUAGACAACAUUCGCCUCCGUGAAAUUACCGGCAAGGCAGUAUCUGGCACUUUGUUGCUCCUUCUCAAGUGGUUCAAGCGAUCGCAUAUCCUGAAAUUCGAGUAUAUGACACAACUUCUACUCGAUUCCAACUACCUGCCGUUGAUCCUGAAGAUGUUCGCACACCAGGAUGUCGACCAGGCAGUGGCACAGAAGAAUGACCGCGAAGACCUCGGUUUCUUCCACUUCUGCAAUAGUAACACAGAUCACCCACUCAACACCGGUAGCCACUCAGAUGGCGAUACAGAAAGCGAAGACGAAGCCAUGCCACCGCCAAUCUCGCGUCACCGACCCGACCCAACAGCAAAUGGCAGUGCUCUAGGCCUCUCUGAAGAAGAACAUCUAGCAGACAUCAUGCACGGCUCCGUACGCCCAGAAGUUGACGAAUUGGGAUAUCCCACCGCACCACUCCCCAAAGAACCGAUCAAAACAUUCUCCUUCCGCAACUUCUUCUCUGCAAUCAACUAUCUCCACGUGAUGCAGAAAAUCACCCGGGACAAAGCCCACCGCUGCCUCCUCCUCGUCCAAUAUAAAUCAAGCAACAUCCUCCGCAAAGGCCUGAAGAUCCCAGACCCAGACCUCCGCUUCUACACACUCAAGCUCUUCAAAUCCCAAGUCCCCUACUGCGGCCGCAAAUGGCGCCAGAGCAACAUGCGCGUCAUAACAGCCAUCUACCUCUACUGCCGUCCGGAACUGCGCGACGACUGGCUCGCCGGCUCAGAUGUCGACGCCGAGGUCGAAGAGGCGUUGCCUCUGGAACAGGCUUUGCGGGGCCUGACGCACUGGUGGCAUUUGAGACAGUAUAAGGAUGUUAUGGGCGGGAAUGAGAAGGCUUCGCUGAUGGAGGAGGAGCGUGAUUUCUUUGUUAGGGAACUUGAGUCUAUGGGCUGGGGCUCUGAUGAGUUCUUUGAGGAGCAGGAACCGCAGAUGGCGAACUCGGGGACGGAGUGGGAGGGAGUUCCGUUGCCUUUGGAGGGGUGGCCUUGA